AUGGAGGAUGAACCCGCCGUGUCCAAAUUCAAUCAAGAAAUCCAUUUCUUCUAUUUACAAGGUCAAAAAUGUAAUAAAGCUAACGAUUACCAAAAGGCACAAGAUUAUUUUGUACAAGCCCUGGAUAAAAUUAAUUCACUGUCUAGUGUUACCAAUGAAAUGGAUCUACUAAAAUGUGAAAUUUUGAAUCAAAUCGCUGAAAUAAAUGUAAUACAAAAAGAGUGGGUAAAAGCCAAUGAAUUCGCUCAAAGGGCUUGUAAUGCAGCUGAGAAAUUGUCACAACCAGCCAUAAUUGCCAAGUGUUUGGAUAUGCGAGGCGGUGUUAAAUUGCUACUUGGCGAUGCAAAUAGUGCUCUCGAUGACUUUAAGAAGGUACUCGGUAUUAAAUUAAGGUUUUCUGGAGAUACUACAGAAACUGCCAAAUUAUACGAAAGCAUUGGAAAUAUCCUUCGUGAUCAAGCUAAAUUUAAGGAAGCUCUUUCCAUGCUGAAAAUGAAACUUCAAGUUCAACAGCGAAUCCUUGAAGAAAAUGAUCCUGCUAUUGCUGAAACAUAUAGGAGCAUUGGAUUCAUCUAUAAAAGGCAACGCAAGUAUGAUGAUGCUCUAUUGAUGUAUACAAAGUCGCUCAAAAUCAAUAUUCAGAGAAUUGGAGAAGAACAUCUCGAUGUUGCUGACACCCAUUACGAUAUGGGAGAAGUAUACAAGAAGCAGAACAAGCUAAGCGAAGCUCUUUCUUCGUAUCGUAAAGCUCUUACAAUUUAUUUAACUUUAUUAGAUGAUAAGCAUCCUAAAGUUGGAAUAUCGUACAGGAACGUUGCCUGUGUUCUUGAUGAUCAGUGCAAAAUUGAUGAGGCUCUUUCUAUGUACGAAAAAUCGCUUGCAAUUCAAUUGACGUCGGUUGGUGAAGAUCAUUUAGAUACCGCAUUACUAUAUACUAAUAUUGGACGGAUCUACGGUCUUCAAACCAAGUUUGAUCAGGCAAUUUCCUCACAUCAGAAAUCGCUUAGUAUUAAGUUAAAAAUACUUGGUGACAGUCAUUUAGAUAUUGUUGAUUCUUAUAAAGGCAUGCGACGUCUAUAUAUCAAUAAGCGCAAUUUCAUGCAGGUUUUAUCCUUAUGUAAAAAGUCUCGUACAAUUCUAAUAAAAGCAUAUGGAGAAUAUCAUAACAGUGUAGCGGACUGCUAUGUCGACACAGCAGUAGCGUAUCAUGGGUUGGGUCAGUAUGAUAGUGCAAUUUCAAUGUACGAAAAGGCCAACAGAAUUUUUACUCAUAUUCACGGAGAAAAUCAUCCUUACCUUGCCAGUACUUAUACAAUGAUGGCAAUUUCAUAUGAAAACCAACAUCGAUACAAUGAUGCUGCUUCUAUGCAACAAAAAGCUACCAGUAUUCGUCAAACACUACAAGAUGGUAAUGCCAAUCAAUUAUUCGCAAAUCAAGGAGAAAAAGUUCAAAAAACAAAUCAAGUACAGAACCAGGAGAUUCCUAACCAAGAUUUAUCCGCUAUGAGAAAAAGAGCAGUAUUUGACACAUACAUGAAAGCAUUAGAACAAAGAAGUUGCCGAAAUAACCUAAUACGUGCUAUGUAUGCCGGUCCUUGCUACGUCGGUAAAUCAUCCAUUAUGAAGUUAUUUACUCAACAAGACCUUGUAAACCAUCAAUCUUCAACGCAAACUGUUGAUGAGUCUGAUAUAAUGGUCGAUCUUGAAGUUUAUGGCAUUUAUGAUCGCAGAUUAUAUGAUCUUAGUCACAUUUUGGAUGCUAAUAUUAAGGCGAUUAUUGCAUCGUUAGUUAACACUCAAGAGACAAUUCAACACCAUCGGUUACAACCUCAGCAGAUUCUCAAUCAAAGGCAGGAUAUCCGUCAGUAA